AUGAGUGCGCUUUGUCGAUUUUCGGUGUCGGUGUUCUCAAACUUAGUAAAGCCUUUGAGUGUCGCUGGGAUUUUGAAAAAUCCUGCCCGUGGACUCACCGAGACUGAAAAUAAGGUCGAUCCGCAUUUGGAAAAAUUGUCAAAAUUCGGCACUUAUGUUGCGGAAUCCAUCCCAAAGUUCGUUCAGAAGGUCGAAGUUAGUCAUUUGAGAGAACUUGAUAUUUUUAUCCACCCAGAUGGCAUCAUCCCUGUUUUGUCGUUUCUGCGCAACAACCACAAUGCCCAAUUUAAUGCUCUGGUUGAUAUAACAGCAAUGGAUGUUCCGGCGCGAUCGUAUCGUUUCGAGGUCGUUUAUAAUCUCCUUUCCUUGCGUUACAACUCCAGAGUUCGUGUCCGUACCUACGCGGACGAACUGACACCGAUUAGCUCCAUCUGCGAUCUGUAUCAAGCUGCCAACUGGUACGAGCGGGAAGUAUGGGACAUGUACGGCGUAUUCUUCUCCGACCACCCUGAUCUCCGCCGCAUUCUCACCGACUAUGGCUUCCAGGGUCAUCCUCAGCGCAAGGACUUCCCUCUUAGUGGCUACACAGAGAUGCGCUAUGAUGAAGAAUUAAGGCGCGUCGUCAUCGAACCAAUUGAAUUAGCGCAGGAAUACCGGAAAUUUGAUUUCAAGACUCCCUGGGAAAAUUUCGCUAAAUUCCGCAAUCCUGAGCGCAAUACAGCCAGAAUCACCAACGUUGAAGAUACUCAAAAGGCAAAAGAAAUUCCCGGGAAGUAA